UCGGAGCCGUCACCGGCUACGGGGUGCGGGCGGUGAGGGACGUCAAAGGUGAAGGUGGAGCAUUGAUGUGGGCUCUUGCUCGAAACACCAGAGUCUGGAAUGGACCUGUGGGUGUGUUUGAGCUUGAUAAGUUUGCAACUGGAAUAGAGAAAUCGGCAGAGCUCGGUGGCAAGGGUGUGACAACUAUCAUUGGAGGAGGGGACUCGGUUGCUGCUGUCGAGAAGGUUACUAAAAGAUAUACUAAAAGUGGGAGCUCAAAAUGGCUUUGGACAUCGGUUAGAGCAUCUAUGGACUCCAGUCGGGGCGGAAAGAGUUUCCCAUCUCUCAUGGAUUUGUGUAUUCACAAAAUUUGGAACACUUUCUCGAUACUGCCAAGGGAUAUAAGCCAGCAGAUAUUUUAUGAUUUGGUCUACUCUCAAUUACUAGAUGUCCCAUACUUUAUGCGUUUAGGGAUUGCGCUCUACAGAAUACUCAGGGCCACAAUUAACAAUUGGAUGGGGGUUGUCUCUUCACAGGGUUCAUCUUUACUUUCUGUUGAUGUUUCGGGUUCAGAUGUUACUAUUGGAAGAACCUUCAGAUGUUACUGUCUGUGUUACUUUUUGAAUUUUUAUUUCUGUGAUCUAAUUCAGACAAAGUUUUUCCGCUUGGUUUAUUUGGGGUACUCGAAGACGCUGCUCUGUUGCAAGGGUCUGCGGUACAAUUGUAGGAGGAUCACAAGCAUAGUGGAUAAAUAUGGAACAGAUGGUGGAGUGGAGGCAAUGAAGGCAGAUAAAGUCACCCAUGAUGAAAGUGAAGAUGGUGCUGAGAUCUUUGAGCAUAAUGUCGGCUCAUCUGCUCUUAUUAACAAGGUAAGCUAUCUGCACUUCAGUUCCUAUGGAUCUGUGUUGUCCGAACCAUUGGCAAAGCCAUGGCCAAAUAAGCCUCCC